UGCAUGUGGUGUAUAUGAAUCCCAUCCAUUCAGACUAAUCAACAUGCCAAAUGCACGCUGCGCCUCCUAUAUUUUUGCCCAAAAUUCACCUUGACCUUUUUCCAUCCUGUGGUCCCAAAACAACUCCCAGCCUUCUCAUAUUCUAUAAGCAGCGAUGAGUCCCGGCUUCUCCCAAUCAUGGCUAAUCCUCAGGAAAUGAACACCUUCUUCGCCUGCUCUAUCUUUCUUUCUCUCUUUUUCUCUUCCUUGGCAAGCAUUAUUGAUGUCGAUGUAAAGCUUGGGCAUCACCCACACGACGCAACAGGCCAUUCCAACGGUCACCAUGUCGGUAUAAAGUUGGGGAAUGAUAACCAGCAGGACGGAGGGCAUUCUGAUGGUCAUGACGAUCAGGCUGCGUCCACCUUCCCUAAUCCGAGGCUCAAGAGUGCUUACAUUGGCCUUCAGGCGUGGAAGAAGGCCAUCUACUCUGACCCCACUAAUUUCACCACGAAUUGGGUCGGCACUGACGUGUGCUCCUACAAUGGUGUCGUUUGUGAAAAGGCGCCCGACGAUCCUAACAUCACCGUGGUCGCUGGCGUUGAUCUCAAUCAUGCUGACAUUGCAGGCCACCUCCCUUGGGAGAUUGAGUACCUCAUCGACAUUAGCCUCCUCCACAUAAACUCCAACAGGUUUUGUGGCAUCAUUCCUGAGGGCAUAAAGAAAUUGAAGCUUCUCUACGAGCUUGAUUUGAGUAAUAAUCGGUUUGUGGGACCGUUCCCAGAAGUUGUCCUGGAACUUCCGAGCCUUAAGUACCUUGAUCUCAGGUUCAACGACUUUGAAGGGGCAUUGCCUCCGGAGCUGUUUGAUAAGAAUUUUGACGCUAUCUUCUUGAACAGCAACCGGUUCGAAUCCACUAUCCCUGAGAAUUUCGGCAACACCCCAGCUUCGGUUGUGGUGAUGUCCAACAACAAUUUCACCGGUUGCAUUCCCACCAGCAUUGGCAAGAUGGCGGGCAAGAUGGACGAGUUGAUCAUGUCCAACAACGCUCUCUCUGGCUGCUUGCCCGAAGAAAUCACGCUAUUGAACACCACUACAGUUUUCGACAUCAGCAGUAACAAGUUUAUGGGAGACCUGCCGAGAGGCAUGGAGUUCAUGCAGGGCUUGGAAGUCAUUAACAUUGCAGACAACAAGUUCAGAAGCAAGGUGCCUGAAACAGUUUGCACCUUGCCGAGCUUGAAAAAUUUCACAUUUUCAUUCAACUAUUUCGAGGAGAAAAAUCCCAUCUGCGACCCGAACGCCUUGCCGGGGCUUGAGCUGGACGAUAAGGACAACUGUUUCGGCCGGGAGCAGCACCAGAGAUCCCAGAAUGAGUGCGCCUUAGAAUUGAGCAAGAAGGCAGAUUGUAACGCCUUUUGCAGGCCGAAUAGGAAUGGCGAGUCACCAAAGGGAGGAGAUGGUCCAACAUCCCCGGCUCAGGCUCCAUGGUUGGCUCCAGUCCCUGCUCCUUCUAAGCAAACAACCGUCCAACCUCCCAAGGCCUUCAUUCCGCCCUAUGUUUCUAAGCCACCAACUCAAGCUCCUAAGCCGGCUCCAGUCCCAGCUUUCCCGCCAAAACCUUCUAAGCCGUCUAUUGCGCCAGCUCCUACUCGUGAGCCAGUGAAUGUUGCUCCCCCAACGAAAGAUGGAUCGUCGCCACCUCCAGUUGCCUUGCCUCCUGUUGUGGUUCAAUCACCACCGCGUGCUGUUUCUCCCCCCCAAGCAUCACCAGUGCAAUCACCUCCUCCACCACCGCCGAUCUACCGCUCACCACCACGUGCUGUUUCACCCCCUCAACCAUCACCGAUGCAGUCACCCCCUCCACCACCUAUCAACCGUUCACCACCGCGUGCUGCUUCUCCCCCUCAAGCAUCACAGAUGCAGUCACCCCCUCCACCACCGAUCAACCGCUCACCACCGCGUGCUGUUUCUCCCCCUCAAGCAUCACCGGUGCAGUCACCCCCUCCACCACCACCGAUCAACCGCUCACCACCGCGUGCUGUUUCUCCACCGCAAGCAUCACCAGUGCAGUCACCCCCUCCACCACCACCGAUCAACCGCUCACCACCGCGUGCUGUUUCUCCACCGCAAGCAUCACCAGUGCAGUCACCCCCUCCACCACCACCGAUCAACCGCUCACCACCGCGUGCUGUUUCUCCCCCUCAAGCAUCACCAGUGCAGUCAGCCCCUCCACCACCACCAGCCGGUCGCUCACCACCGCCUGUUGUUCCCACACCUUCCCCGCCGCCGCGUGUUCCCUCACCACCACCCCCACAGCCAAAAUCACCUCCACCACCACCAACAGCAACUAACAAACCUCCACCGCCGGCUUUCUCACCUCCACCCCCAUCACCGACACAAGCACAACCUCCAAAACCAUCUGGCCGUUCAUCAUCGCCGCCACCACAAGCGGCUCAACAAUCCCCACCUCCAUUUGCAUUCCCGCCAACCAAACUCCCCCCUAUUUUGGGAGCCCACUACGCAUCUCCACCGCCGCCAGUUAUCCCGGGCUAUUAA